AUGGAUUUGGAAACUGGUGAAUAUGUUAGCAGCUUGGUUAAACCAAGUUGUCCAAUUACAAUGAAUGCACGUCAAUUAACUGGUAUUACAUCUGAAUUAUUCUCUGAUUGUUUAGAAUUCAAUCAGCAUAUCCAAAGAAUUAAGGAAUUUAUUGGAAAUGAUGAUGUGUUGUUAAUUGCUCAUAAUGGAAAGAAAUUUGAUGAAAGAGUAUUGAAAUAUCAUUUUACAGAUAAUCUGAGUCAGUUUGAAAAUUGUACUUUAGUAGAUAGUUUGCAAAUGAUUACGAAAUUCAAUGAUGAUUUACCAACUGUAACGAGAUUUUCAAAAAAACAACAAAAAUUGGUUGAGAAGAAAGAUAAAAAGUUAGUAUCAAUUUACAAACACAUAUUUGGGAGUGAAAUUGAAGAUGCACACUUCGCUUUGUCUGAUGUGAAAGCAUUAGCAUUAAUAUCUGUGGUCAGGUUCUCGGCGCAUUUUUGUGAUGCUCCCAAAAAACAUGGAAUGCUCCCAAAGCUGAUUUACUUGUAG